AUUAAUGUACCAUCUAAAAAAACCACGAAACGCUGUCGUUCGUUCCAUCCCCCUUGCACCUGUCGUCGGCGAGUUGCGAUCAAAAGACCGCAUCUCCCGCUGCAGCGUGCUGAAGCUCAUCGUCCUCGUCACAGCCACCAUGAAGCUCGUCAGGUUUUUGAUGAAAUUAAACAACGAAACUGUAUCCAUCGAGCUCAAGAACGGCACUGUUGUUCAUGGAACUGUUACAGGUGUGGACAUCAGUAUGAAUACACAUUUAAAAACAGUCAAAUUGACAUUGAAGGGGAAAAACCCUGUGACUCUGGAUCAUCUCAGUGUAAGGGGAAACAAUAUCCGUUAUUACAUCCUUCCUGACAGCUUGAAUCUGGAGACUUUACUGGUUGAGGAGACACCCAGGGUGAAACCCAAGAAGCCAACUGCUGGGAAACCCUUGGGGCGAGGUCGUGGCCGAGGUCGUGGACGUGGUCGUGGUCGAGGCCGUUGAAAACCUAUUUUGUAGUUAGAAUUUGUGGUGAGUAGCAGGGAUAUCAAAGGAGUGUUAAUGCUAAUUCCUGGUGUUGAAUUUGUCAAUCUUGUUAUUUUUAAUGGUGAAAAAGGGAAGGGGGGGGGUCGUUCUGUUUUCUUUGAAGUCUUUUCUGUGUUCUAGUGGGUAAUUCCUUCCCAGUGACCUGCAAUUGUUGAGUAAAUGGGGAAACAUCUCGCAGAGUUGGGAGAGGGUUGCCCAUACAACGACAGCAUGACACUGAAUGACUUGCCGAGAGAGUAAUUGUGAUGCUAACAAAACGCUAGUUAAACUGUCUGCAAUUUGGAGAUAACUUGUCAUUGGAGACCCCAUGGAUUCUUUCAAUUACAUAUUCAUUCAUCUCCUUACA